ACAAAUUGGUGACUUGUGUGUGUGUGUGUGUGUGUGUGUGUGUGUGAGAGAGAGAGACUUUGUUGUCAGUAGUUGAAGGACUCACUAUAUAUUGGUAGCGGAAAGGGUUGGAAUGAGAGGUGAUCGCAGUGUUUCUGUAAUGAUAAUGAAGGUAAACAGAAGGUGUUGAGGCGAGGGGAUUCCUCUGCCCUGAGUUCCAUUCAUGCUCACUGUGUAGGUAGAGUGUGUCACGUAAUGGUGUGACAGACGGGAGGGGCAGCCUUAGCUCGCUACGAUUCAGCGCCGCCGUUUGAGCGCCCUAGUAUUCAGCGGCACGGUACUGAGCGGUGGUGUGCUUUCCACUAACCAUUACAUGUGUGUUUGCUGCUGGUGUAAUGUUUGGAUUAAUGGUGAGCAGGAAGCAAGGUGCAAACAGUUCACCCAUUAAAGACUACAUGAUUAUGGCGUUUGACAUUCAUAGAGAGUGAUCGCUUGUCUCAAAAGAACGGAGCAGCUGAUGUCUCUAUGUGUGCAGAUUGAGGAUAUCACUGCCAGUUUCUUAGAUGUUAGAAAUGAUCUCAAAUACCACAUGUUUAGCGUAAUAAAAUACUAAACAACUAUAUACCACACAAGAUUGUAAAUUUGGACAUCAACCUCAAAUAAAAUUGGUAAAAUGCAGGAAAGCAGACGAAAGAACAUCAAAAAUUGUUUCUGGAUAUUGGAAAGGAAAUGAAGUAAGAUAUCCACGUGCAGUUGCGCAUAUUUGAUCAUACUAAGAUGAAUAAUAUCCUCUUUUAAACGAUUCCAAAUGCUUCUCAUAUUUCUUUUUAAAACAAAGAAUACCUUUAUUAUUUAUUUAGUAGCGUUGAAUAGUCUUGCGCUGAAACGGCGGCGCUGAACUGGGCCAUUCCCGCUCAAGCAGUUGUGACGUGGCACAAAAGAGGCACUAGAGUCCCUCAAGGUUCACUACUGGCUCCAUUCAUGUUCACUGUUUACAUGCAUAAUAUGUUAAUGAUGUGACAGAAGGGAGGAGCAGCCAUGGCAGUUGUGACGUGGCACACAACAUGCAUUAUAUAUAUCCAUGAGACACGGAAACAAGCUGGAAACACAAUUAUCUGUAGAGGAAACAUCAAAAGAUUGUUUUUCCACGCGGAGCACUUAAUACAUGGAACUGCCUGAACAGGAAUGAGGUGCAAAGACUGAUCAUAAUAAUUUCAAGGUCAAGUUCCAACCACCUCAUUGGAGAGCAGUGAACGUGAGCAGUCCUGCUUAUUAAGAAUCACUGCCAUGGCCACCCCCUCCCCCUCUGCUCACUCCGCCCCCUCCGCCCACACCGCUACCGCCCCCACCCCCUCUGCCCACUCCGCCGCUGGCCCCGCCCCCUCUGCCUCCUCCACCACACCUUCCGCCACCGCCGCCGCCGUGACAGUGGAUUAUGCACGACUCAAGCUGGUGUGCAUCUUGAUGGGUCCUGGAGCAGCCGUGCUCAGCCACGCCCUGAAAUGCGGCACAAACAAGGCCCCCUCCGUCACCCUCCUGGACCACCUGGCCAGCCUCCCUGACUCCUCGACGGCCAACUACCGCGCGCUGAGCAAUAAGACGAAGAAGAAAAUCUUUAACCGGGAUGAGGAAAGAAAAAUUGGUGAUGAUCCCUCGUGCCAGACCUUUGAUAUAACACUGCUGUACAAGAGCAUAACACUGGCCUGCGAGGGUGUGCCACCCAGUGACGAUGCACGCUGGAAGGACACGGCACUGAUGGAGGGACUCCUCAACAAGAUCAAGGAGGAAAGAAACACCUGUGUCCACGAAUGGACUCAGACGAAAAUGGAUGAACACCAGUUUAAGAAGAAACUUCAAGAGUUUGAGGACAUCUUCAUCAGAGCCCUUCAUGCCGUCAGGGACAGGUACGGAGUCUGUGCCGCUGAAACCAGCACUGUCAUUGACUCUGUGAGAUUGCAGAUACAAGAUGUGUUGAAAGCCUUUACUGAAAAAGUCAUCCUCGUGAUGAACUUCGAGAAAAAGCUGGAAAUGUUCAAGGAAUUAUCAGUUUGUCACCUCAAAGAUCGUUACAAACACUUUGAGUGUUUUGACCCGCUCUCCUUCCUGUGUGGAUCCAAACAACGGGUCCACGUCCAAACAGUAUUUGUGAAACUUGUCCUUCAGCAAGAACACACACCACUUGAAAUAGACUCCGUAGAACUCUUGAAAGUUCUGACGGACGAGUCUCGCCCUCCCGCCUGUCCAGGACGACAGGCCGCGCCUCGCCGUGGUGAGCGGCAUCGCCGGGAGUGGCAAGACCACGCUGCUCACUCUCCUGGUGUCAGAGUGGCGCAGGAAGAGUGUGACCGCCGCGUCAAACAUCUGGAGGAGUACGACAUUGUGCUCAGAAUACUGUGCAGAGACAAACAUGCCGAGGACCUGGAGACAUUCCUGCGCCUGGUCCUCCCGCCCAGUCUGUCGGUGUUUGGGGAGCCCCUCGUGAAGUAUCUGGAGCACUGCAAGGUGCUCUUCCUCAUAGACGGCCUCGAUGAGAUGAACCAAACCUCCAAUAAGCUCGUCACUAAUGUUAUGACAAUCGCCACAUGUAAGAAACAGUUCUCAAUCCUCGUCACCUCACGCCCAGAGCGAGUGGACCGCUUCUUGAGGCAUUACAAACAGGACUAUCGCCAAUCACAGCUGAGUAUUGAGGGGAUUCCCGUCGCUAGGAGGACGGAGUUUGCACUGCAGUACUCCACCUCCUCCACAAACCAGGACAGGCUGAGGGAAUUCAUGACAAAACAAAAGGACAUCAAGUUGUUUGAGCUUCCUCUCAAUCUGUUGUUUGUGGUAAGAUUAUUUGAACACAAUCCAGACUGCAUGAAGGAAAGCCCUACCCAGGCCAGCCUGUACACCCACUUUCACGAGUGGUGCACAGAGAAGCUGUGUGUGAGAAUAGCCACGCACCCCACAUGGGGGGAGAAGAGGCCGCGCACCCUCAAGACGAGGAUAAAAAGAAUGGUACAAGAAAUGUACCGAAUGGCACUGCAUUGUCUGCUGCAAGACAGAUUGAGCCUCUCAGAGGAGGACGUGGAGCGGCUGGAGAAACGCUGCAAGGAAGAGGACCUGCCGGAUCAAGAAGUCUUGGGAGCGUUCUUCACUCUGCAGUUGUCUGUCAACAACAGUGUACGUGAAGAACACUACUCGCUGCCCCACAAAGGACUGCUGGAGUACUUUGCCGCACGACAUAUCAUGCAGCGCCUUCAGGAUGGGUCCCUUCCUCCAUCAGGGGCUGUCAGGAGCCUGCUUCAAACCGUCAGUCAGCAAGGGACAUUUCAUGAUCAGCGUAACCUUUUCUUCCACGUGGCGGGCCUGUUGGCCAGAGAAGAGGUACCAAAUCGCACUGAGGCAAUAAAGGAAGUAAUAGAGCUGGUUGGGGGGGAUACUUGCGCAUGGUGGAAGGAAUGGCUGUCACUGGUGGAACACACAGAUUAUGAUGAAAGUUUCUUGCAGGCCAUCGCUCACUACGUCACAGGAAACCCUCCUCGUAAUACGGUAUGGAUAAGUGACAAUACGUUGGCCAGCGCUGCGGCACUGCUCCCCCGUACUUCACCACCAACAACAGUGGAAUUAUGGCUGGACAACGAAAGUGUGAAUGUGGAGAAUGUUCGUGCCUUGAGUCAUUACCAUUGCAGUCAGUUGAGGCUACACCACCAUUACCAGCACCCCGGCAACACACCUGCCUCACAUGCCAUGCUGCACACCAUACGCAGGAGCCGCCUUGAGGUGUUUGUUGGUCAACUGAGUGCUGAUUGCCUGGCGCUGCUCCCUGAAUGCCUUGAGGUGCUACACCUGGCUGUAUCCAGUGAUGAGCACGCUACCCGCCUCACCGCAGCACUCUCCCGAGCCGCCUCAUCUCUGCCUAACCUGUCCGAACUUAUGAUACACAUUCCCAUGUCGAUGGUAACAUCAGCGGCGGUUCUGUCACCACUGCCUGAAGUCCGUGAUGUGUCCCUGGUCUUGUCAGGCGUGGACAAAAACCUGGUGAAGGAAGCGUGUCAAAUGGCCACAGCUCUCCAGCCAAGAACCGGAUAUUAUUUUAUUGCGUUCCCCGGGAGCAGCAUGGAGGCGGCAGGGUGGCGGCGCCUCCUCCACCUGAUGAAGAGUGCGCAGGUCACGGUGGGGAGGUGGGUGGAGGGACAGUGGGGGCGGGGAGCUGUUUGGAUACCAGCGGAAACCAUCACGGGGAAGGACGAGAUCGAGCUGGAACAAUUCACUCGAACUUGGUGGGGCGGUGUGGUGUUCAGAAUGAUGGACAAGCUGUGCUUCGAACCAUUUGGUUGAGUCUCGGGAAGAUGCUGAUGAGUCUUAUGGAGAAGAUGAUGAUAGUGAAGGAGGAGGAGGAGGAGAAGAAAUAAAGAGGAGAGAAUAGUGUAGAAUCGGCAGAAAUAUUGAGAGUUGUGGGAUAAGGAGCGCUUAAGCCCACAGCAGGUCUUUAAUUGUGAUGAAACUGGCCUGUUUUUGAAAAACAACUACCAAACAUGAUCUAUAUAACAAAGCAAGAGAAGUGUUUGCCAGGACACAAGCCCAUGCAAGACAGGCCAACUCUGCUUCUGUGCACCAAUGUUAGCAGCGACACUGCUUUUUUCUAAUCUUGGGUUUGGCAAUGGCUGGAACGAAUUUCCUGAUUUAUAGGUAUCAAUAGUCGAACUUUUUAAUACUCGAACGGUCGUUUGGAACUAAUUAAGUUCGAGUAUUGAGUCUCCACUGUAUCAUAAUAUCCAUUUGCAAUGUCGGAUAUUUUCCACUCAUCCUUCCACUUUGUUUCACACAAUACUAACACAUCAGGCUUAACUCUUGCUAGGAACUCCUCAAUCUCUAACAUUUUCGACAUCAAUCCAUUAACAUUAGUAUAACAAAUUUUGCUUACCUCCUCAUAAAUUUCUUUCUCAACCUUAGGUCUCUGACUCUCCAGUAAAACUGCUCCUUUUCUUCUUCCGUCCUUAUAGCGUUUUUUGCUUAGCCUCUGUGACCAGUUCCUUUACUCUAGUUCUCUCCUCCUCAUCCAAAUCUUUGUUGAUCCAUGACCCAUUCAAUACUUCUUCUUGUACUUGAGUUGCGAACUUUAUUUUUAAGGGUCUUUCCUUCUGUUCCUCAAAUUUCCCAAUCCUAUGGAAUUCCUCCACCAAUUUUUUUUGCCUGAUUUCCCUCCUCUGCAACUGUCAUUAAUAUAUUCUUAAUUUUCUCCUUUUUCAUUGCUUCUCUCUCAGAUCCAUUGACUAUCUUCUCUUCCCUUACCCCAAACACCACCACACACUUUACCUUAUCCACCGGGUCCCUUACCAGUUUCUUCUUUUCCUUAAUUACACUGAUUACCUUACCUGUAAUUCCUUGCUUCUCUUUCUGCUGCUCCUCCAUGAUUUUCUUGAAGGAUUCUUCAUUUCCUUCCCUCUGCUUUAUCCACACAGACUGUUUCUCCUCAACCACCUUAACUGACUGCUGAACCUUAUCAUUGUGCUUUUCCACCUCCAUCAUCUCACUCCUGAGCUGCUUCUUUAAGUUAUCAUUUUCCUCUUGCUGUUGGGCAUUUAAAUUCUUGACCUCCUUCAGUCCAGCUCUCAAUUCGGCGAUUUCCUUCAACAUUUUGCCUUGAUCCACUUCCAGCGUUUCCACUCUACCCAUUAUUUUUUCCAUUAUUUCUUCCAUCCUAUGAAGAUUCCUCAAACCCAGUGUAUAAUUUAACCUUCCUCCACAUCCCGCUGCCGAAAUCCUUCAAAUUUGGGUGUUCCUCCUUCCGCCAUCUUGUGACGUCACAUAUAAACAAAGCUAGCUGGACGAAACUCCACCUCCACAAAGACAGUUUAAAUUUUAUAUAACUCACGAUGUCAGCUUCUUCCCUCCCUCACUACCACAUCUAGGCGUCUCCAGGGUCGCACCCCGCUUGCAGGCUUCUGCUUUUUUAUCUUCCACGGCAACUUUCUCCGGUUUCAACACGGAGCUCCCCGCUGUCCGCCCUCCACCGCCAGCCGCCAGUGUGUGUGUGUGUGUGUGUCAUCAAUUUUGUCCAUUAUAGGCCAUCCAGAGAGCAAAAACAUGCCUUGUGUGUGUGUGUGUGUGUAAGUAAGUAAGUAAGUAAAUGUUUAUUGGCAUUGUGUUACAAACAUGCUAGAUACAAUUAUACAGGCCAGGUGUUGCCUCAGUCUGUCAACCCGAAGCUUCCUGACAAACUUUUUGAUUUUUUUAUUUAUUUUAUUUUUAUUUUUAUUUAUUUAUUUUUUUGGAUGCAGUGCGAACCUAAACCUCAAGUGUGAAAACAUUAGCAAUACCAGUAUGUGAUAAUCAUAACUAUAGUACAAAAAAAAAGAAAAUAGAAAUUGUAACCAUAGUAGAAAUAAACAAUGAAUGAUAACUAUGACAACUAAGCAAUGAUAACAAAAAUAAUAACAACAACAAUAGUUAAAACAAUAUAACAAUUUUAGAUACCACUUCAUUUAGACUGUUUGGAGUGCUAAUAAAUGUGCUUUUUUUUUAAUACCAUGUGGGCUUUUCACGGGAAUUUCUGUGCUAAAGGAGAUAUUUUUUGGUGUACCUCCUAUCUCAAAGCCCACCCGCUAGGAAACCGUUGCCCCGAGUGAGAAAGCCCAACCUACACUCGGAUCGUGGACAGGAUUCGAACCCGUGCGCUUGGAGACCCCUCGGACCCCAAAGCACGCAUGGUUCCACUGUACCACGGCGGCUCCUUUUCAAAUCUCUGCAAAUUACCACUAUUAAGUACUGAGGGAGCAUUGCAAACAUGAGGUCCACCGCAAAACACACUGUUUCUGAAAAGAACUACACUGAACUGAGGACAAAUCUGGAACUGACAACUCAAAGGGCCAGUGUCAAAAAAUCAAAGUUUUGAGAAAAGCAUGUGUGAAAAAUUGCAUCCUUUAUUAACUACCAGGUAAUGACGACAAAUAAAUAAAAAUAGAAGUAAAAUAAAUGGUGUCAUCGUGGUACAGUGGAACCAUGCGUGCUUUGGUGUUCGUGGAGUCUCCAAGCGCACGGGUUCGAAUUCUGUCCACGGUCUGAGUGCAGGUUGGGCUUCCUCACUCAGGGCAACGGUUUCCUAGCAGGUGGGCUUAGCAGAGCAGAUUUCCACUGGCUACCAUUCCACUCAGACGUAGCCCUGUUACACGAAAAGACUUAAGCCAUACAAGGGAGUGACGGUGAUACAGAGAAAGUUAGUGAAAAACAGUGACUGACAAGAGUGAGUUUACCGCAGUCGUGUGUCAAGAUUGUUGCCAUUAUAAGAAAUAUAUUUGAUUAAUAAAAGACAAAAA